CUAAUUCAGUGCACAGAAUUCAGUGUAAAUCUCGUCGUGAACAGAACAAUAGCCGGCCUUGGGGAAAAAGGAUGUCAAGCGGUUUAUUGGGAGAAAGUUUGACGAUACAUACGUACAAAAAUUGAAGAAUUCGGACGACUACCGGUUUAAGAUAGUGAAGGGAGAUGAAGGCCAAACUGAAGUAGAAGUACGGUAUGACGGAUUGAUCGUAAGGAAGUCUCCCGAAGAAAUUUGUUCUGAAAUACUGAAGAAUAUGAAAGAAUCUGCUUCAGAAUAUUUAGGAACACCAGUUACAGAAGCAGUUAUUUCAGUUCCUGCCUAUUUCAGUAAUGCACAAAGGAAAGCUACAAAACUUGCAGCUGAACUAUCUGGGUUGACCGUACUGAAAUUGAUUACUGAACCCGUAGCAGCUGCUAUUCAUUAUGCUCAAGACCGGCUAAAUACGAAUUCAACUCUAUUGGUAUUUGACUUUGGCGGAGGUACUCUCGAUGUAUCAAUUAUUAAAGUUCAUUUAGAGCGGCGCACAGUAUUGAGUUAUACUGCCUUGGAGAAGAUGCAAAUUCUUUAAAAUUAACGAUGAAUCGACAACAAUUCGAUACGCUGAUCGGGGAUUCAGUUGAACGAGCCUUGGGUAUCAUGACAAAAUGCCUUAAGGGAGCAGGAUUGACCAAGGAAAAUAUCACCGAUGUUCUAUUAGUUGGUGGUUCUACCCGUAUACCCAAAAUUCGAGAAAAGCUAACGUCAUUAUUCGGCGUCAACAAGAUACGUACCAACCUGAAUCCUGAUCAGGCUGUCGCUCUCGGUGCAGGUAUUCAAGCAGCAAUAUUUAAAAAGGAGUUUAAAAAACUCGAGAAAUAUGAAAUUACCGAAAUUACCCCCUUAUCUUUAGGUUUAGUUGGGUAGCUUUACGAUCGAUAAUUUGCCUUCUGGUAAAGCUGGUGACAUCAAAUUCGAAGUAGUAUUUCAUUUAGACGAAGACGGAAUAUUAGAAGUAUCAGCGCGAGAAACAUCUACAGGCAAACACAAUAAACUAAUUGUGACACUAGGGGAAUUCCGACUUUGUGAUCAUGAAAUAAGACAAUGCAUAGAAAACGCCGAGCAAAACAAAAAGGAUGAUGAGUUAUUUGGUUCGUAUGUAAGUUAUUUAU